AUGGAAAUGUGUGAGCGGAAUCCUUUAAACCCCGGCUAUGUUGGUUCUCUGCUGAAUUUCACUCCUCCUGACUCGCUCUAUUUCUCCAACCUGCGGGGCAAUGGAGCCCACAUACCCGGGCUGCAUCAUAUCCCCUACAAUAGGAGAGAGGUGUGCACGCUCCCGUGGACUUCUUCAAGUUCGUGCGCGUCUGGACCGGCGGCACCGCCGCCACAGAGCCGCUCCUUCGGAGGCUACUGUCCGCCGUUUCUGUCCAACUCGGUGUCUAUAAACUCCUCCGGCGGCCACGUCAAGGCGCAUCUGGAGGAGUCGGCCCGAUGCUUUCAGGUCACGAACCACAAGACGGAGGAGUCUGCCAGGCGAGAGGAGGGUUACGCAGGGGAGCACGCGGCCGCAAGUGACCGAGGCUACUCGGACCUGGACAGCCGAGCUCAGCUGGAUCCGGAGACAGCAGGUCCGCUGAGUGUGAACGGCACCAAACAGGAGCAGAAUCCGCUUCACGCAUCAUCUAGUCACACAUGCUCCAGGACGAGUUUUGCAGAAGGUGCCCCGUGGUGCUCGUCUCAAGUGAAGACCAGAAAAAAGAGAAAGCCCUACACGAAGCCACAGCUGGCUGAACUUGAGAAUGAAUUUCUGAUGAAUGAGUUCAUCAACAGACAGAAACGCAAGGAGUUGUCAGAGAGACUGGAGCUGAGCGACCAACAAGUGAAAAUCUGGUUUCAGAACCGGAGGAUGAAGAAGAAGCGGCUGAUGAUGCGCGAACACGCUUUCUCUGCUUACUGA